ACCCUCUGGUCACACCAUGCUCUGCUUUUCCGGGCUCCUGCCCAAAAAUAUUAUAAAAUAAAACCUGCUCCCCGAGACAAUUAUCACCGAGGGUGGCGCUGGCCUGAGUAGCACCUGAGCAUCUGAACUGCCUUCCUCCCGCCGGAGGACUGUCCCGACCAGGAGAUCCGCCUUCGUCGCCCUGUUAGUGAGCCCUAGAAUCCAGAAAAUGACACAGAAGGUAACCAAGCUGGCGCUGGCCAGCCGCCUCAUCGUACUCCUGGUCCAACUGGUGGCCAACGGAGCCCUGCCGGAGCACAGGCCGGACGUAUUCCGGACGCCGGUCUCAGUCGAGCAGAAGAGCUGCUGCGAUUGGAUGGACAAGCUGGUAAAGCGCUGCUUGGGAGGACUGAGGCACUGGGACGGCGAGUACUUCCUGCACAUUGCCGGGAAUAUGUACUCCUAUGAGAAUACCUUGGCCUUCUACCCACUGUUUCCGGUUGUGGUGCGUCACGUGGCACAGGCUUUGGAGUUUAUCGGCGUGCCCCUGUCCCAGGAAUCCGUCCUGCUGCUGGUGGCCGUCGCUCUGAACCUCUGGCUAUUUUGCGAGUCGGCCAAUCUUCUGUUCCAGCUCACCCACUGGAUGUUUAACGACCUAAACAAGAGCUGGAAUACGGCGCUGAUCUACUGCUUCAAUCCGGCGACCAUUUUCUUCACGGCUGCCUACUCUGAGUCCUUCUUCGCCUACGCCAGCUUCCACUUGAUGCUGGAGUGCUUGAAGCCAACGGAAAAUUUUCGUUUCCUGCGUUUGGGUGCCGCUUUAACCGGCUGCGUACUGUGCCGUUCAAAUGGAUUGAUCACCAUGGGAUUUCCGCUGUACUUCUUUGCCCGCCAGCUGCUGGUCAAGAGCAAGGAACACAACUCCUUCUGGCAGCUCGGACAAAUGGCCCUGACCGUUCUGGGCGCCGUGGGGAUUCUGCACACCUACUAUUUCUACAUCUAUAGACUGUACUGCCUGCCCUCAAAGACGGAGAACCAUCCACAGCACAUUCUUGACUACGCAGACGAGCGGAAGUACCUAGUGUCUGGUCAGGGUUCUGAAGGAUCUCCCUGGUGCCAGUACACGCUGCCAUUUCCGUACACCUACGUGCAAUCACACUACUGGGAUGUGGGUUUCCUACGCUACUACAAGUGGAAACAGCUGCCCAACUUCCUGCUGGCCCUGCCCAUGCUGAGUUUCAUGCACUGGCACUGCUACGGUUACCUGCGGGACUUCAUCAAUGCGUUUAGGGCGAAGGUCACACCCUCUGGAUACCGGGAGCUGGUCAAGGAGCACAUCGCUUUUCCCUUCGUGCUGCACGCUGCCUUCCUUACCCUCGUCUGCACCGUUUUCGUGCACAUCCAGGUGUCCACGCGGCUCCUGGCCUCGGCCACACCCGUUUUCUACUGGUUUGCCGCCGACCACAUGCCCAAGACACUGGCGCAGCUGAAGCUGCGCUCCAAGGCGGGAGCUCUCUUCAUAUGGUGCACCACUUACAGCUUGGUGGGAACUGUGCUAUUCAGCAACAAUUACCCCUGGACGUGACUCAUGUAAUGAAAGAAGAAGUUUAGCAGGAGCUGGAGGAGCAUAAGGAGCCGCUGGUUGCCAAAGAGACUGUUUAUCCGCAGGGAUUGCUUUUUAGUGUAAAUAAUCGUCCAAGUUCUCCAAAUUGAAUUGAUAAUUGUUGAGACGCUCAAAGUAUUGGUUUUCUAUUUAAGUUUCCGAUCGUAUAAACUUACAAGUUUUAAAAAUUGCAAAAUAUAAUUAAUUGACAAUUUGGCUAAUAUUAAUAAAGUUUUAAAUUAAAAGUGGUAAUUUUUUUGACCAAGCAAUUGGCUAGCUGCCUACCACCUAGAUUACAACGAUUUAAGACUAACUAAAACAGAAGCAAUUAAAAAUGUUAAGUAACUUCAUUUUACUUAUAAAA